AUAUGCGCCGUUAUCAAAGUUCCCCUCCGCAAUAAUCAUCUUAAUUUUAUGUCUACAUAAUGUAUCCGGGAUUUUAUUAUCCGAUCGCAUAGGGUUUGACAUUUAGGCACUUUAUUUCCCGAUUAUCUCCCUUUUUUCAUACAGCAGCGGAAAGGAAAGGUUGGUUAUUUAAGGAGCCCAAAAUAUUUUUAUAAUUUCUAAAUACCCGCCCAACCCAACCCUUGUUUUACAUGUAUUGUGGUAUGUAUUCUUUUUUUUACAAAUUUUAAGGACAUACGACAUGAACCUUGAGUUUAUUGAGUUAAUGUUAUGAAAAAGUUUGCUGCCGUUUGGUUUUUGCUUUCUCUUUUCAGCAGAUAGCUGGGUAAAUGGUCCGAUGAUGGUGACCUGGACAGCUCCCUUUGGGUUACUGCUUAAGUCACAGUGGUCGAGAGGGCGUAAUUGUCACCUUCAAUUUAACCAUCCAACUGAUUUUAGCAUGUAUGAGCCUUGCCAAGAAAAAGCCAACAUGGCAGUCCUCUGAGAAAUAUUCCUCCGACAAGGCGGUAGAUGGAAACUUAUCGUUAGUUGGUGACAGUUGUACAUCUGAGGCAUCUCCAACUGAUGUCACAUGGAUGGUAGACCUCGAAGACAUUAAGAGUAUAGCAUAUAUAUGGAUAACUUAUCGAACUGAUAAUGCACCAUUUGCUAACAGUGUUUUUGCUAGCAGAUUGUUGGGGUUUUCUGUAUACGUGUCCAAUACAACCAACAAAGAGGAUGGUCAUUUAUGUUUUCAUGAUUCAGGAAAUAGCAUAUCUACUAUAUCUAAUUUCAAAAGUAUAACGUGUGAAGUACAAGGCCGUUUCGUGAUAUAUUACAACACAAGAGAAGGAAAUGACAACAAAAGACCAGGUUAUUCUACAACAGCUCACCUUGAUCUGUGUGAAGUAGUAGUAAUUGGAUGUCCUCUCGGAUUCUUUGGGGUCAAAUGUUCCAUACCUUGCCCGCUUUCUUGUCGACAUUGUAACUAUAACACAGGGAAAUGUCUUGGAGCAUGUGCACCCGGAUUCCACGGUGAAGCUUGUGCAAAAUAUAGCCGAAGUAAGUACAACAUGAGAAGAAUACUUAAGACUACAUGUCAGAUAUUGGAAUGA